ACACAGACAGACAGACAGACAGACAGACAGACACAGACAGACUGGUCUGAUCGCGCAGAGGAGGUCACUGACGUCUGGAGGAACACUUAACUCCUGCAAGUUAUGAGUCGAGCGACCUUCUUCGAGGUGGAAAUUCUUGAUGGCAAGACCAAGGAGCAGCUGUGUUUCCUGGAUAAGGUGGAACCAAAUGCCACAAUUGGAGAAAUCAAAUCUAUGUUCCAAAAAACAUACCCUCAUUGGUAUCCAGCAAGACAAUCCAUCAGGUUAGAUCCAAAGGGCAAAAGUUUAAGAGACGACGAAAUCUUGCAGACUCUUCCAGUGGGCACCACUGCUACCUUCUACUUCAGAGAUUUGGGUCCCCAAGUUGGCUGGACUACAGUCUUUCUCACAGAAUAUGCUGGCCCACUCUUUAUCUAUCUGUUAUUCUAUUUCCGUCUGCCAUUUAUCUAUGAAGAAGAGGAUGAAUUUACUUCCAGUGAGCACACUGUGGUGCACAUGUCAUGCAUUUGUCAUUCUUUCCACUACGCCAAAAGAUUGAUCGAAACAUUAUUUGUGCAUCGAUUCUCUCAUGGCACAAUGCCCCUGCGUAACACUGUUAAGAACUGUUUCUACUACUGGGGUUUCACAGCCUGGCUGGCUUUUUACAUCAACCAUCCCCUGUACACAACACCUUUAUAUGGUGACAAACAAGUCAAUCUAGCACUAUAUACUUUCCUGGUAUGUGAAGUUGGGAAUUUCUCGAUCCAUAUAGCACUAAGGAACUUGCGCUCAGAAGGAUCCAGAGCCCGCAAGAUUCCUCACCCGACUAAGAAUCCUUUCACCUGGCUCUUCUUCUUGGUGUCCUGCCCCAAUUACACAUACGAGGUGGGAGCCUGGAUCGGUUUCACCAUAAUGACACAGUGCCUACCAGUUGGUCUGUUUACUGUGAUGGGUUUCGUCCAGAUGACAGUCUGGGCUAAAGGCAAGCAUCACUCUUACUUGAAGGAGUUUAAAGAUUACCCAACUGUGCGGAUGCCUAUCAUUCCUUUCUUGCUAUAAGGCAAUACAAGGUGAAUAAUAUGCUGAGCCAUACAAAUCAAAGGAACAAGGACUCUUCAGCACAAGUCUCAUCUUCAUCAAUCCAGUGGCACGUACCUGCAUGCAAAUCUCCAGCAUGGGAUUGAAAGCCAAGCCUUCUGUGGCAGUUUUAUUGACCCAUAUUUCCUGUUGGAACUCUCCCUCCCAACAUGGGAAACAAAAACAUUGUACGUUGAUUAUUUAUAGAACUCAUUCUUCAUCGUUUCAUCACAAACCAUUCUGUUGAUAGCCUGGCCCCAUUUUAAUGACCUGUAUAAUCCUCUAGUUGUCUUAUUGCACUGUUCAGAAUUUUAAGCACCUCCUAUACUGUAGAAUUCACCGCUUUAAGCACUUUACUGUUUGUUAAGCAUGUUUAAGAUCAUAUGGGUAAACAUUUAAACCUUUGCUUUAGAAAAAACACAAAACAAAGUGUAGCUCAAAACCAGUUACUUUGGAGUUCCUUCUUUCCUUGGGUUUGUCUUUGAAAAAAUCUGGUGCAAAUUUUCUUUUAAAAAUUGUAAUUAUAACAGAGGAAGGUUUUUUUUAGUUGUUUCCUUGUAUUAUGACCAUUCAGUCAAUAUACAGACAGAGUUCCCAAUUUGCACGUGUCCAGUUCAUCUUUUUGUGAUGAAUCAAGGUUUUAGUGUUGAAUCGAAAAUAUGUUUAUGUGGCAAUCAAUUUCGAGCUUGUGGCAGCAAAAUGUCAGCUAUUUGGAGCACUUUGACCAUGGCCUACAUUGUAUAAGCCCUUAUCUUCUUAGUGCAACAUGGCCUAUUUGGAUUAUUGAAAACUAAGCUGCUGAUUUCUUGCUGGAUAAUCAGUAGUCUUAUUAACCUUGAAUCCUGUUUUCCAGAAGGGCUCGGAGUGGCUCUUAUGUUGUGUACUUUUGCCAGUCAAAUAAACUUUUGCUUCCUAAUGAA